AUGACGGUACCAGAUACCGAGACCAAUGAUACUUGUUGGACACAGCCGCUGAUUAUGCAGUACCCAAACCCAUCAGUGUCUAGAGGGCUUCAUUGGUUCAGAUGGGCUCUGCCCCAAGUCCAAGUUCGCGCCAACCAACCACGACACGUCGAGCCUCCAACCUCAAACACAAAGCUCCUAAACUCCCUCCCCGCGCCGCUUAUGGACCAACAGCCCGCCGCAAUCAUCCUAAAUGGUACGCCUGACGCUCCGAUGCCCCCGAACCCGUACUUGACGCUCGCUCCAGGGGAUCUGCAGCGGGCGGCGUCGUGUUUCACCCUCGCAGCGACCCAAGUCUGA